CCUCACUCUGGACAUCGUCACCCGCUGCAGCAGCUCUUAGCUGGCGCUUUCUUACUCUUCGUCUUUCGUUAACACACAGCAUCCUCAGCACAGCAGCAGCCAUGGUCGAUGUCACCAACCUCGAAGCCGCCUUUGAGCGCAUCACCGUCACCGACGAGAACGACGACCAGCAGCAAGUCGCGACCACGUCCUACCACAAGUCGAAGGCCUCCCUCUCGACAACAACAGCAUCGUUAUCCAGCCUCGGACCUUCCAGCUCAGCCGCCAACCGUAUGAAGCAGCCCCUGCAGAAGCUCGCCACCGCAAACGCCACAAAGAAUGCCACCAUUGUCGGCGCCAGCAUCGCCAAAGUCACAAUCACAUCCUCCGCCAGCCGGACCUUGGAACACGCCCCCUCUCACCGCCGCACCCUCACCGAGUCAGCCAUCUACACAUCGCCCUCCACCCCCAAGCAAUGGCAUCUCGGCAUGUUCGAGAUUGGCAAGCCGCUCGGCAAGGGCAAGUUCGGCCGCGUCUACCUCGCCAAAGAACGUGCAUCCGGCUUCGUCUGCGCGCUGAAGGUCCUGCACAAGUCUGAGCUGUCGCAGGGUAAGGUCGAGAAGCAAGUGCGUCGCGAGAUCGAAAUCCAAUCGCACCUCGCCCACCCCAACAUCCUGCGCCUAUUCGGCCACUUCCACGACGCCAAGCGCAUCUUCCUGAUCCUCGAAUUCGCCGGCAAGGGCGAACUCUACAAGCACCUCCGCCGCGAGCAGCGCUUCCCCGAACCCAAAGCAGCACACUACGUCGCCCAAAUGGCCGCCGCCCUCAAGUACCUCCACAAAAAGCACGUCAUGCACCGCGACAUCAAGCCCGAGAACAUCCUCGUCGGCAUCCACGGCGAAAUCAAAAUCAGCGACUUUGGCUGGUCCGUUCACGCACCCAAUAACCGCCGCAACACUAUGUGCGGAACCCUCGACUACCUGCCCCCGGAGAUGAUCCGCGGCGGCGGCAAGGACAACUAUUACUCCGAGAAAGUCGACCUGUGGAGUCUGGGCGUCUUGACGUACGAGUUUCUUGUCGGCGAGGCCCCCUUUGAGGAUACCCAGGCGAUGACACAAAGGAAGAUUGUUAGGGGCGAGUAUACGGUUCCGGGCUUUGUGAGCGCUGAGGCGAAGGAUCUGAUUAAGAGGCUCCUCGUCCUCGACCCUGAGAAACGCAUCGCCCUCGAAGACGUCGAGCGCCAUCCCUGGAUUGUAAAGCACUGCAAGGGUAGUCUGCGCGCGAACGAGCGCGCGUCGGCCGGCAGCAAGGCGGAGAAGUUGUCCACUGCUAGCUCGGAGCGCGAGAGUUAGAACGGCUAUUUACUUGUGGUGUUUGAUGAUUUGUAUGUAGCAUGUGUUUGGAUCUAGUUAGGUGCAUGGUGUUUUGGCGUACAACGCGAGGGGCAUAGCCUGGAGUUUGGUUUGGUUUCCUCGGCGUUCAAUCACUCAAUGGAUGGGAUGCUUGGAUAGCACAGCACAGGAUGGUUAUCCUAAUGAAUGAAUAUCAAAC